UUAGCAUCUGUGGUGGCCUUGGCGACUGUCCCCGGUUUCCUGAUCUCCGCCUUCCUCAUGGAGCAGUGGGGCCGGAAGACCACGCACGCUCUAAUCAUCGUGCCCGGCAUUCUGGGCUGGCUGCUCAUCUAUUUCGCCACGGACGUGACCACGCUCAUGGCCGCCAGGAUCCUCUGCGACAUCUCCGCAGGAGCCAGCCUCGUCUUAGGCGCCGUCAUCAUCGGAGAAUAUACCAGCCCACAACACCGGGGCAUGUUCUUAAGCCUCACCACUAUAGGCAAUACCUUAGUCCACCUCGUGGGCCACUAUUAUCCUUGGAGAACGGUGGCCAUUUUCGCAUUAGUCCACCAUAUCGUCGCUUUUGGUAUCGUCUGCACUUGGCCUGAAAGCCCGGCCUGGUUGGCUACAAAAUGCAAGUUCAAUCAAAGUGAAAAAGCAUGGAUGUGGCUAAGAGGCAAUGAUACUGAAUCUAGGAUAGAAUUUGACAGUAUGAUCACUGCCCAGAAGCUGAGACUUUCCAAGCGCGAGAACCCUAAUCUUAAAGCUCACUUGUUGAAUUUUCUGCAGAAAUCUACUAAAAAGAACUUCAUGAAGCCUUUGCUUAUAAUAUUUUUUGCUGAAAUGUUGAAAGAGGCAUGUGGAAGAAACGUUUUUCCAGCCUACGCUUUACAGAUCAUGGAUGAUAUCACGGGGGAUAACUCGAAAUCGUUCUACUACACGCUCACUAUAGAUUUGAUAGCUACAUUAAGCGCCACUUUUUCGUCGGCACUGGUUCGCGUGGUAAAGAGAAGAACCUUGCUGUUCGUCACGGGCGGGGCAUCUUUAGCCGUCCUAACGAGCAUCUGUACUUACCUUUACCUGACUGCUAUAGACGUGGUAUCGAAGGACCGAGCUUGGCUGCCUGUGUCUAUGUUUAUGCUGUACUUUGUAUUGACUAACUUGGGUUGUACUGUUACACCUUUAGCCUUACUUGGAGAGGUGUUCCCAGUAGCUCACAGAGGAGCAGGCUCUGCUAUGUCAGGGUUGAUCAUGGGUUCCUUUCUCAUGAUAUGUUUGAAGGUUACCCCCGCGAUGCUUCUUAGUGUUAAAGUGUACGGGACUUUUGCUAUAUAUGAUGUAGCCAUGGCGACCUGUUUAGUGGCAUUGUACUUUAUUCUUCCAGAAACAAAAGAUAGGACUCUACAGGAGAUCGAGGAUUACUUUAACCAUGGGCGGUUCGUUGGUGAGGAGAAAGAUUGCGAUGACAAAGAAGAAAAUACUAUAAUGCUGGUCAGCUAG